UAAAUGCGAUUUCAUAACUUUGAUCGACGAGCUUGUCAUAGGCAGCUUCGACUGGAUACAAAUAAUUCGUAAAGGUGUCAAAAUACGAACAUGAAUCGGACUUUUCUGUUCUGCGAAAUACUUGCAUACGUAGAUGCUGAUUAUACCGAAACACCGACUAUCGAAUCACGAUUUGACCUUCGAGUUGUGUGUUCAUCAACCAUAGAAACUUCCUGCACAAGUAGACAUGCUAGUCACGGGGUUUGGAUGUUUUACAGAAGAUCAAUUGCUGAAAAUGACAUACAAAACAUGGCAAAAGUUGUAUACAAUGAAACGGAAUGUCUGGCAACUUCCCGUUUCACUAUUAACUGCUCUUGCAUCGAUGGAAAUAAUGUCACGUGUAAUAUAUCUAAUGUAAACAUUGCACAAGCGGGUGAUAAAUGGCACUGUAGGAUAUUUAUUAAUGAAAGGAACUUACUUAGCACUUUGUUUAGUGUUCCGAACGAAGGAAACAAUGAAUGUGCAACUACAAUAACAGAGGACAUCACUGUUAAAAGUUAUGAGAAUGUCAAGGAUUAUGUUACUGGUAAAAGCAAUGCAUACACAGACAUUGAAGAAACCUAUAACAAAACGACAUCAGUGACCCUUUUCACGCAAGAAACAAUGAACAAAACAAUGCCUUAUGAAAUGGAACAACACGGUAAAGAGUCUUUCAACCAAAAUAAUAACACAACAACUUCAGUCAAGAUUUCCACAACCUAUACGAUCAACCAUACGAAGACAUCCGAAAAAGAAGAUUCCGAUAAUACACAUAGUUUCAAAUUCUUUUCCCAAAGAGAAAUUUUCAUAAUAGUUGCUGCCGUCGGUGCAAUACUUGUCAUUACUGCAAGUUUGUGCAUAUGCGGGUAUUGGAAACUUAAAGGGCGUUCAAAUGUAUUCACUCACCAAGUAACCGGAAUUGACAAUAGUCGAUCAACUGAACCUACUAGAAACAUUAGUUUAGAGAUUAUCCAAGAUGAUACAUCGCUGGAACAUUACCAUGAGAUACAGGAUUUAACAAUAUUCAGGGACCAAGUAACUGAAAUCGACAACAUUCAAUCAACAGAACCUACUCCUAGAAACAGCAGUUUGGGGAUUGUCAAAGAUGAAUCGCUGGCGCUUUACCAUGAGAUACCCGAAAUAACAAGUUCGUACAUAACGGUUACAAACGACCAAGAAAAUCCACCAGACUUCACAGACCAUUCUGAUAACACCAUUCACAUGCAUCUAGCAUGCAACACUAGCAUACCAGAAGUUGCUGUACAUAUCAGAAAUGACGAUGCGGAAAGUCUUAUAGAACGGCGGAUUUCGUUUAUGACAAUUGCAGAAAUAAAUACGACUAACGAUGCGGUCAAAGGCUCAGAAAUUCAGAGGCAAGUAUGCAUUUAUACUUCAAAAAGACAAGCUAAACAUUUUGAAAAAUAA